AAGAAGAAGAAGAAGAACACUUCCGGGUGGUUUGUUUUGUUUUGUUGUCCUGACAGCAGCAGUUAGCUUCAAGCUAAAAUAAAGUAAAAUAAAUUAAUAUAUAUAUAUUUAGAGAUGUCAGCCACAGAGGACGACACAGAGCUGCGGGACCUGCUGAUCCAGAAUCUGGAGAAUAACGGAGUCCUCAACAAGCUCAAGGCAGAGAUGAGGGCAGCAGUGUUCCUGGCCAUGGAGGAGCAGGACAAACUGGAGAAUAAAACUCCUCUGAUCAAUGAAAACCUGAAGAAAUGUCUCAACACUAAAGACGGACGCCUUGUGGCCAGUCUGAUCAUGGACUUCCUGCAGGUGUUUAACCUGGACUUCAGCCUCGCCGUGUUCCAGCCGGAGAUAAACUGGCUGAACGGCGUGGACAGUCGGGAGCUGGUCUGCAGAGAUCUGGGUCUGUCAGAGUCGGAGGUCAACAGGAAGUCUCCUCUGCUGCUGGAGCUGGUCAGGAGAGGACGCCACAAACUGACUGAGGGAGACAGAAGUGGAAACAUCCUGAAGGAACCGUCUCAGAGACAGAUCUCACUCGCUCGGAAGAAGUUUGACUUUUACGACAAGGACGGGAGCGGCUCGGUGCUGAGAGAAGAUCUGAAGAACAUCUUCAUGGAUCUGUUCCCCAGUCUCAACAAGAACAUGUUGGAGAGGUUCAUCGGUGACGAGCUCAGAGCUGCUGACAGAUCCUUCUCUAAAGCUGUGGAUUUCCAGCUGUUUAUGGGGUGUUACAGACGUCUCUUCUCUCAGUGCUGCAGCGUGGUUGUUCAGGACUCUGAUGUCAGUCACCUACCUGAGGAGAAGAUCAGCGGCUCACCUGUCAGUCAGAUCCCCAGAUAUAAAGGAGGACAGAGUCAGACUGCAGCAAAGGAUUCGGGAGGCGUGGCUUCUGUGGGUAAAGGAGACCUUCAGCAGCAGGGCUCCAGACACAGCGAGGCGUCUGACCACAAGAAGGAGCAUCUGGACCUGAACCUGGAGGUGGAGGACAAUCCUGAAGACGGGGACUCGUUCUUCGACGACCCGCUGCCCAAACCACAGAAGACCUAUGGCUGUCGCAGUUCUCCUGUGGGUGACCAGGACCCAUCAGAACGGACCAACAGUCACAAAGAUGUUGUCCCCCUGAGGGAGGAGUGUCUCUCUGGGCCCGUGGUGUCCUCCAUGAGGCGAGGCAAAAGCCUCAGCGAUCUGUCUGUCCUUGCUGCUGACUCAGAGGACGAGGGAGAUGAUGGUCUCUCUGAACACAGUCAGAGCUCUGAGCUCAGGAAAGUGGAGGCGACAGGGGCCAGAGGGAGUCCAGCAGGGUCCCUGUCAGAGGCCCCGAGACCAGGAGGAGGAGGAGGAGGAAGCAGUGCCUCAGAGCAGAGCCACAGCAGGAACGGAGCGUUGAACUCCAGACAGCGAGGCUUCAGAGACUCAAAGGCUCCGAAUGAUCAAACUGGAUCUCUGCACAUCGAUGACGAUGUGGAAUACGACGAUGACUUUAACAGCCAUCGGUCGGACCUGUCCAAGAGUGAGCUCAGCAUCGGCGAGGAGAUCGAGGAGGUUUCCAUCGAGGGACCCGACAACAGCGACAAGUUUGAUGAAACCACUCAGGAUCUGAGCGUCUCUCAGCUCAGUCAGAGUCAUGGAGCCGACUACAUGGAGGACGUGGCCUGACCUUCCCAUCAUGCACCUCUUUGUGUCGUCAAUAUUUAAGUCUGUACAGCGUCAAGGAGAAAAUAAAGUCAUUUGUAUCCAGA